AUGAAAGCGCAUUCGCCACAGGAUGAAGUAUAUGGACCACUUAGCAUUCCAGCCUAUUGCUGGCCCAUUAUAGAUACUCCUGAAUUCCAGAGAAUGCGUCAUAUUCCUCAAUUAGGAACAACAUCGUGGAUUUAUCCAGCUGCAACACACUCUCGCUUCGAACAUUCAUUGGGUGUUGCACACCUAGCUCAACAGUUCAUGACACAUCUUAAAAUAAACCAACCAGAGUUAAAUAUUAAAGAAGAAUGGGAGCAUGCAGUCGUUAUUGCAGGUUUAUGCCAUGAUAUCGGUCACGGACCAUGGAGUCACUGCUUUGAAGCUGUUGCUCAUUUAUUUGACCCAACUUGGGAUCAUGAAGAUAAUUCUGUUCGUAUUUUAGAAAAUAUGAUCGACAAAUACAAACUUCCUCUUCCCAGAUACAUCUACGAGGCAGCCUGCAACUUUAUUCGAGGCGAGCCUUACGAAAACUUCCCAGUUUGGACUUCCCAAAUUAUUGCGAACCAUGUUACAGAUAUUGACCUCGACAAGCUCGACUAUCUCGCCCGCGAUAUGAACAGAACAUUCCUUUCAGCCAGAUCUGAUACAGAAAGGCUCAUUUUCAACUGUAGAAUAACUCAAGGCGAAUUAACCUACAGAAAAUCAGAAACGACCACAAUCGAAAGGAUGUUCUUUAACAGAAUCGAUAUGCACAGGCGCGUCUACCAGCAUCGAGUAAAUCAAGCUCUUUCUCUUAUGAUUACGGAUAUGCUCAAGGAAGCGGAACCGCACUUGGGAAUAUCAACGUCACUCAAUGACCCGAACGAAUUCAUCAAAUUCGAUUGCAGACUCUUAUAUCUCAUAGAACGAGGAAACUGCGGCAAAGAAGCUCAGAAAAUAGCCAACGACAUUAUUACUCGAAAAUUCUACAAAUGCAUUGGUGAAAUUAAAGUUCAUCCAACAAAUAAGGAUGGAAUUCAAUAUUCCCAACGCCCGUCAAAUUCUAUCGAAGAAGACAUCGCAGAAUACUCUAACGGAGCGGUAAAGGCUGAAUCGCUUCGCGUUUGCAAGCUGAACUUCAGAUACGGCUUGGAUAAUGAACAUCCACUUCUUAAGGUCGGAUUUUAUACAAAUGACAGUAAUAACAUGAUUAAACUUGAUAAGAGCGAAAUCAGCUGCAUUAUUCCAGCUUAUUUCAAAGAAACUGCUAUGAUGGCGUUUGUUACUGAUCCUUCCCUCAUAGGUGUGGCCAAGAAGGCCUUCGAAGCAUUGAAAGAUGCAAAAGGCCUUGUUUAA